CUUGCAUUGUCACCACGAUCUGAAUUCGCACCGAGUCAAGCUCAAGUCUAAUCUCUCAAACACCAUGGCCGCACCAUCAGAUGCCAAUCCAACUUACGUUUACAAGCUCAUUUCAGCAGCAGCAGCCCCACCUGAUCCCCUGCCUGAUCAGCUGCCCGUGAGCGACCUCGACCAGACAUCGGGCUUCAUCCACCUCUCCACCGCACGCCAAGUCCCCAAUACACUCAAAUUCUUCUACAAAGAUCACGUCAAAGUCUACGUACUCCGCAUCCCUUACGACCCUGUCGAGAAGAACAUCAAGUGGGAGGACCCAAAGGCAGAGGUGUGCGGUCCGCGCGGAGGGGAGGGCAUGUUUCCACAUCUAUACAAUGAGUUUAAGCUGGGCAAGGAUGAGGUAGAGAGCGUGCAGUGUUGGGAGAAGGGGCCUGAUAUAGAAUGGAAUUCGGCUCUGCAGGCAGCGGAGGCAUGGCUCGUUUACUGAUGCGGCCUCAUGAUAUGCCAUGUGUAUAUCCAACGGUCCGCUCCUGCUCCGGGGUCUAGACCUUCAACAGGCUGCAGCUCAAAUGAAGAUUAUUUCAUCCAGUAGUACAUACGUAAUAGUAUACAGACUACAAAUUAUGUAACACCAACUUCAUACAUACCUUUAUGGAAUAUUUACUUCUGCCGUGUUUACCAAUGGAGAAUGUAACUGAACACUGUCCCUGCUC